AGAGCUUAAAAAACCAGACUUUUCCAAAGGGCGAAGUAAGCAUAUAUACCAUCAUGAAAUUAGUUCAUGGAAACACAAAAAGGAUAAUUGUUUAGACGGUGCACUAAUUUCCAUAAAAUACACAUUUAUGAGACUCUUUUUCUGUACUUUUAUCAUUCCUUCAUGCAUACAAUACAUCUUCAACCAAGUAUAGCAGUGCAUCAAAGUUGUCACCCAAAGAAUCAAUCUUUAUCCCUAACAGAACCCCUUGUCUACUCUUCCCCAAAGUAUCAAUCUUUAUCUCAAACAGAACCACUUGUCUACUCUUCUUCCUUUACUCUUGGCAAUUCUAGGGGUUGCCAAGUUGCUUGUAUAUAAAAACCUCCCAUUGUUCCACCUUUAGGUUUUUCAGGACAGAGAAAUUGUUGUGCAAUAGUGAGUGAGCCAAAGGUUCAUUCCAAAUCCUUGUGUAUCUGGUGGCAUUGCAGUAACAGAAAAUGCAAACAAGCAGAGGAAGAAUGAAUGCUGGAAUACUUCUUUUCUACCUGACUUUAGCUACUAUUCCUCUCACUCAUUGUGAUGCAGAUAGAUCAAUCAGAAUAUGGAAAGCCCCUAAACACAGAAGAACUGUAAUCAACAAGAACUCGAAGAAGUUGAAAAUAAUCAAACAUUUUGAUUUUAAUCCAUCUAUAUAUUCAUCAAAUGCACAACCCUAUAGUAUCAACUCUCCAUUAUCUUUGCCUCCUUAUGAAUCACUAGGUCCAGAAAACAGCACUCCAUAUUGUGUAUAUCCUCCACCAAAUACUCCUACCACGAUUCCGACCCCCACCGGUUCUCAACCUACCCUACCAUCACCUCCUUACUCUUACACCUCACCUUAUCUUCCAGCCCAAAGCCCACCUCCAGCUCCAACAACCACAACACCAAGCCCACCAGAAAAUCUUCCAACACCAACACCUGAAGUUGUUCCAAGCCCACCAGAAAAUUUUCCAACACCAACAACACCUGAAAUUGUUCCAAGCCCACCAGAAAGUUUUCCAACACCAACACCUGAAAUUGUUCCAAGCCCACCCAGUAACAUACCAGGCUCACCAGAGCCUGUAUUGAAUCCUCCCGUCAUUUUUCCAGGCCCGCCCGAGUCAUCGACGACUCCACCUUAUUUCGAGCCCGCCCCACCAUACUACGAGCCCACACCAACACCAUUUAUUCCUUCCCCUACUGGGGGCAGUGGCACUAUCCCAAGCCCAUCAAGUACAUUUCCAUCUCCAAGUGGAGGCAGUGGAGGCACUAUCCCAAGCCCAUCAGGUACAUUUCCGUCUCCAAGUGGAGGCAGUGGAGGCACUAUCCCAAGCCCAACAGUAUUUCAGCCACCUGUAGUCUACCCACCACCCAGCAUCCCGCCGCGAGCCAAAGCCGCCCCACAGGCCGCAUUGUGGUGUGUGGCCAAGGCUUCAGUCCCAGACCCAAUCAUCGAAGAGGCCAUGAAUUAUGCUUGUUGGUCAGGAGCGGAUUGCACGUCGAUUCAGCCCAACGGGCCUUGCUAUCAGCCGGACAGUGUAUUUGCACAUGCUUCAUAUGCCUUCAAUAGUUACUGGCAAAGGACUAAAGCUUCUGGUGGAACUUGUGAGUUUGGAGGGACAGCAGUAUUGGUUUCAGUUGACCCUAGCUUUGAUGGAUGCCACUUCAUCUACAACUGAUCAAAGUAAUGUUUUUUUUUCCUUCUUUUCUUUAGAACAAAGUCACAUAUAGAACCAACCAAUGUUUGAAGAGUGAAGACAAUCUUUCUUGUGGAAAUAUGUUAUCUGAGGGACACAAGCAGAUUUUGUAUGUUAUAGGUAGAGUAGAAUAAUCACAAAUGUUGAUUUAACCUUUUGUUCUUCUCUAGCUAAUACUUCAAAUAUGUAAAAAAAAAUUGUGAUGAUAAAGAGAUGGAUUGCUAUAUAAUUCCUUACAUUGUGUUUCAUACUUAUGUAUUGUUUA